AUGGUUCCCAACACAAUGACACAACCAAAGAAGGCCACCAAGCAGGGCAAGCCACCAAAACAACCAGCCAAGAAGGCCCGCACAAGUGCAGGUGUCCAAUUUCAGGAACCAUCUUCUGCCCAACCCUCGGCAGCCUCGGCUGUUCAAGUAGGCAUGUCUUCAUGGAAGGAGACAACACUACUGCCGCGUCUCAAGAUGAGAGUCAAACCUCAUCUCUUACUGCGUCUACUCCGCGAGGUGGAGGGUCUCCAUUCUUCUCUCCUCCUCCUGGGAAGGCGCACAGUGAUGGCGCCAGUAAAUCCUCUCGGGGAUUACUCUGGCGAUGAUCACCGCCGUCAUUCCUCACUGGCUACUCGAAUCUGUUUCCAGAAUGUCAACGGAUUACCAGAAAAUGGCAAUGACUCCAAGCAGCAACAGAUCACCUCCUGGCUGAAGGAAGAACGAGUGGGAACUGCGUUGUUGGCCGAGGCCAAGACGUUUUGGCCUUCUAUCAAUGAAGGUCACGGUUGGAGUGACAGACUCCGCCAAGCUACGAUGAAGUCCGAGCAAAAAGGGUUUUGCUCGUUGGUAGCUUACAAUCGGCAUCAGGACAGAUCUGCUGCCACCUUGGCGGUACAAUGGGGCGGGUGCAUCCCAACCGUUUUGAACCGAGUGACGCACAGGGCUAAGGAAGCUGGCAGAGACCCCACGGUUCGUGGUCCGAUCUCCAAGGACUUGGUGGUGGUCUCCGCGUAUCGUCCGAACAAGCAAGGCCUCGGUGGAUCUACAGUAUGGGCACAACACAGGCUUCACUUUCAUGCAGUGAAUCGAAAAGUUGAUCCAAGGAAAGCCUUUGUGGACGAUCUUUGCAAACAGAUCACCAAAUGGCGUGAUGAAGGAUGUGAGGUGGUUUUGGGUAUAGAUGCAAACGAGGAUGUCACUGUUAACGCACCCCAGUCUAUCCGCCACCGCUUCUGGGCCUGCGGUCUUGAGGAGGCAAUCCUAAAACACCAUCCACCACAAGCAACCCACCAGCGCAACCAACGGAACAUUCCGAUUGAUGGUAUCUUCACCACUUUGGGCGUACCAAUCCUUGCGGGUGGGUACUACGCCUUUGACGAAUUCUUCAAUUGCAAUCAUCGCGGCUUGUGGAUUGAUAUUGAUCUUUCCGCCUCCUUGGGGAACUUCCAACCUCAGAAAUCCAAAUUCAAGCCACGGAAGUUGUCCCUCCAAGACUCUCGAUCUGUACGCAAAUAUCUUCAAUUGGUUCACAAAGGUUAUGCCAAGUACUCCAUCCCGGAGAGAUUGAAUAAGCUGAAUAAGCGUAUUGACCACCUGGGACACCAGAUGACCCCUUCCUUGGUGCGCAAAUACAACUGUUUACACAGACAAAUGUAUACUGUGAAGCGCCAGGCGGAAGAGAGGUGCCCGGCCUUAGCUCCAGGUAAAGUUCCCUGGUCACCAAAAAUGCAGGGAUUCUGGGAUUGUAUGAGCCUUUGGAAGCUUCUGUUGAAAGGCAAGAAGGGUUGCCGUGUGAGUUUGCGCAAAGUUCGCCGGUUGAUGAAGAAGACAGAGUUGCCACAAGCUUGGAGGAAGUCAGCGGUUGAUCUGGAGGACUGCCUGAAGCAAGAGCGCUCCUUGUCCAAGCAGGCCAAACACACCUACGCAGCUCAAUGGAAGAAAGACUUCUUGACAGUCCAAACCAAGGACGCAAAGAAGCAUCCGUGGAAGUCUCGGAAGGCCCGUGAUAGAUUCUUUUGGUUACAACAAAUGAAGCAAAGAGAGGAGGCAAGAUGCCGUCGUUGCGCCCAGAGCAAAGAAUCUACAGGGGGCCUUCAGGCUAUUUAA